AGGACACAAACGCUGUGCGGAGCUUGGACUGCCCUCGGCCUCACCUCCGGAGUGCACCUGUCCGAGAUAAACGCCUCUGAAUGCAAGCUCCGAAUCGCUGUGUUGACACGGUGAGUUACCAAUGGGCAAUAUAACGUGCAAGAAUCUUCGACUCUCCAGCCACGAUCCGCAUUGAUUUGUAAAACAAAGAGAGGCUAUUAUCUGCCUGGAGGUCCGCGCGAUCUGUGACGUCACGAGGAAAGCAGACGACAAAUUAACUGGCAGUCGACUCUCACUCACCCGUCUGUAACGAUGCAGUGGCGUGAACUAGAGCGGGCUAUUGCCGACAAGAAGACCGGCAGUCUGACAACAUGGCACGCCACCUACAUCGUGUGGCUUACCCUGGCCAUGCUGAUCAUCAGCAGUCAGCUGUUCUUCAUCGUCCUCAUCCUUGCCAAGCGGACACUCCGCAUGCAGCUCAAGAACCUCCUCGUAGUCAAUAUCUGUGUGGUUAACCUCAUUAUGGGCGGGUUCAUCAUGCCGACCGUCAUUCACCUCAUUCUGGACAGCUCGGAGGAUGAAUGUGUUCUCCGAAUGACAGUGAGAGCCCUGAAUGACUACCUUCAGCCUGCACUGUCCGUCCUGACCGCCAUUUCCCUGGUCAUAGACCGAUUCCUGUUCAUCAUGCAAAAGCCUAUCACGAUCAAGUGGCUGAGGAUUGUUGUUUCUGUACUGCUGAUAAUAGCGCCAUGGGUUAUUGGUGUUCUCCUUGCACUUCCAUUGUUCCUUAAGUCAUUUGAGAUGGGAGACCCAGAGACAGGUUGUGUACAGGAGGUGAACCUUUGGAACAUCGUCUGCGCCCAUGUCCUUUGCUUUGUGCUUCCUUCAGUCGCACUCUUCGUCCUUGCAACACUGUCUGGUCUCUGCAGCACCAAUAAGAAGAAGGUACCAGCCAAGGAAUUGAUGUAUGACUGCAGAGAUAAGCCUGUAUCAUUCAAAGGAGAAUCAAUCAAAGUGGUGGUUUUUGUGUGCUUCAUGACCAUCUUCCCAGAGGUACCUUACUUCGUCAUAAGCCUCCUCAGGUACACCACAACAUGCGACCAGCCCUACUGCCUCGACUUCUUCCAGGGGCUCAAGGUGUCAGUGUGGCUGAGGGCAGCCAAGGCGCUCGUCUUCCCUUUCAUCUGGUUGUGGUUCACCGACAUCAAGGCCGCCAUCAUAUGUCGGCCGACCGGAGCGGUGGAUGAAGACGACGACAUCUCCGACGACCAGCCCACAGAUAUGUCCCAACAGGAUACCAUGUUGCUCCGGUACAGGUGAAGAGGGGUAGCUAAAAUGAUGACACGUGUCGACAUUGUACAAGAACACCUACCGCCAUGUGUCGAACAACUGCUAAUCAUUAACUGGUCCUCUUUACUGUGCACAUUGAGUGAUAACAUCAGACACAUGCAGAGUGCCCACCUCCAUAAGCAAACUCAUUGAAGUGGAGGUAUUUUAGUGAAACCGUUUUCUAAUGCAAGACGAAGCGUUUGACAGGUAACGGUGCCCAAAAGCGUGCUUUUCUGAAGCUGUGGAUGUUUGCUGUCUGUGCUACAAUAGGACUGAUCAAUGUGGCUUUACAUUGAGGUCAUUAACCUUCCAUCUACCACUUGUUUUUUACUAUUGGGGAUUAGUACAGAUGUGAUAUUCCUCUGAGGAUUCAUUUUGCCAAGUGUUUGCUUUGUACAUUUUGAAAAGGUCCAUGUAAGACAGUUAUCUCCCUUUGCUUCAUUCAAUACAACUGUCUUUUCAUCCAAUAUCUUUCAUCUAUAUCAUAACAUAAAACGUAUUCAACCAUUGACCAUAAAGUACAAAUUCUCACUGAUGUGUCUUUCAGUACUUAUUGGCCAACAUACUAAAGAAGGCCAGUGUGACCCCUUGUUAACCUUUGACACACACGGUCAUGGUUAGAGGUCGAUUCUUCCCUAUCCCUCCUUCGUGCCCUGAGAUCAUAUAUACAGGUUUGUGAUCUAGUCAGUCUGUCGUAGUUACACAAUGGGACACAGUCUGUUUUCCGUCCCAGACGUCACUCGGUGUUUGUCAUAUAGGCAUUAAUCUACAAGAUAGCGUUAGAAGUAGAACACAUCGUGGAAGUGGAUUGAUAACAUAAUAUUGGCCUAGAUCAAGAAGCAUUUAUUGCAGAUGAUAGAUCGAUAGCGUAGAUUAUUUUAACCCUUUAUGCAACCGAGCACGUGGGUUUGAAACUUCUUAGACAAUGGUGCACUCCCGGAAAGUUGAGGCAUCUGAAUUCUAACAUAACAUUCCUAUGAUUGUUUAUGAAUCAAUACACUAACAACAUGGGUAGGGAAGAUAGAAAAGUGGUGUGAAUAAAAUAUGUAUUAUUAGGAUAGUCGUGAUUUACAACAGAUUUGGCUAAAAAAGAUGACACAUCUCUUUCUGUUAGUUUGGGGGAGUACGUUUUCGCGUUAUUAGCAUCACAUCGGUUACGCUUCAUUGACAUUAUACAUAUUGCCUGAUGUUGGGAUAUAUUCAUAAGAAUGUUAAUUGCUGGCAAAUGACAGUCGCCUGUCCUGAUCAUCCAAGUGCAUCUAACGUUAAUUAGCUGUUGAUGGAGCUAACUGCGUGCUUUGAGUUAUACAUAGGAGUCAUCAGUCAGCUGUCAGCGUUAGCCGGAAUGUAAAUACUGAAUACAUGCAUACAUUGGAGUAAUUAAACGCCAGUAGGUUUGUUCUAGAUACUAGGUUUUAUCCUACUCAAGCUGUCAAAUCUAUCACAAACCGUCUGGCGCAUAAUAGUCCCCUCUUUCUUCCGCCAGGUUAUAAGAAAUAUAAAAGCUUGUAUAUCGUAUGACGCAAGUAAUCAUUUGAACAUGUUAGACCGAAUAUCACAGUGAUGUCAAUCGUUUUAGAUACUUGAAUUAUUGUAUAUGUAAAAAUAUUGCUAAAACAGUCACAAGGGCACACCUAUAUAUUGUAACAUGUCAAAAAUAUCCACUUUGAUAAUUAUCUUGUCAUGUGUAUUCUAGUCCAGAUAAGACACGUAUGUCACUGUUGGACUGACAAUCCUACGUUGUAGAUAUAUGUGUACCACGUGUACACUUUGAUGAAGUGUGAUUAUUGAGCAGAUGCUUAGCUUUCCGAGCUACACAGUAAUUCCAGCAUGUAAAGAUUUUUUGUUCUUUUUCAAAUAAAAUAGCAAACUAUA